UAUGGUAACAACUACCACAACUCCAGCAGAAACAACAACAGUCAAGAUCUUUGACUUGACACCAACUGAUGAUACUGCUGCUCCAUUUGUUGAGAAGGUACGCUUCCCAGAAUCAAACAUUGGAAAGGUUACAAUCAAGAGAUUGGUACCAGCCAGUGAAAAGAAUGCUGGACAAUAUGAAACUGUUGCUGAUAAUGAAACACCAACUGAUCCAAAUCAUUUGGAAGAACCACAAAAUGAUGAUGAUACUGAAUACAAACUUCAUGUUGCUAUACAUGCCUGCUUCAAGGUUAAAGUAACAACAACAACUCAACCACCAACAACAACAACUACAACAGCUGCACCAACAACAACUACUGAAGCUACAACAACAACAGCUGCACCAACUACAACAACAACUACAACAGCAGCACCAACAACAACUAUGACCACAACAGCUGCACCAACAACAACUACUGAAGCUACAACUACAAUUACUGUUCCAUCAACAACUACAGUUACUACAACAACAACUACAACACCAGCACCAACCACAACUGAAGCUACAACAACAGCACCAACUACAACAUCAACAACAGCAGCUCCAACCACAACAAAAACUACUACUACUACCACAGCAGCACCAACAACAACUACUGUUCAAUCUACAACAACAAUGUCAGUUAAACCAACUGAGGGUACAACAACAACACCUGCCAUUGUUACAACAACAACAACUGCUGAAACAACAACAACUAAGAUGGAGAAGAUUCAAAUGAUAAGGUUCGUUUGGGUAAGGAAGGCUGGAUUACAAAAUGUUCCAACAUCCAGUGAUCAACCUAAACCAACUGUUGAAAUUAAAUUGAAUCGCCAAGAUGAUCCUGAAGAUCCCUAUGUUGAAAAGGUUAUUGUUAAGGGAAAUGCUGGCAAGAAGGUGGAGACAUUGUCUUCCCAAGGUUCAAAAGAUCAACACUAUCAAGAUUGUAUUGGAGAACCUACAUUGAAUGAAGAUGGAACCCCAGCAAAGAAAUACAAGGUCAACAUUGGAAUCAGUGCUUGUAUCUCAUACACUGUUACAACAACAACAACCACACCAACUCCAACAACAACAACAGAAGCAACUACAACUAUGGCACCAACAACAACAGAAACAACAACAACAACAGCUGCUACAACCACAACUGCUAGAACAACAACUACAACUUCUGCAACAACUACAACAACUGCUAUGGUAACAACUACCACAACUCCAGCAGAAACAACAACAGUCAAGAUCUGUAACUUUGAAGAAGGUAUGGAUGAACCACAAUUUAUCCCAGCUGGACAACUUGAAUCAAGCCCAGAAACCACUGACAAAGAAAACAACCCAUUGACAAACUUGAGACCAAAGAGCGGAAAGGCUUUCGUAUUGCCUGUUCCAAAGAAGGACUCAGAUGAAAAGAAACCAUUUGUCACAGUUGACUUGACACCAACUGAUGAUACUGCUGCUCCAUUUGUUGAGAAGGUACGCUUCCCAGAAUCAAACAUUGGAAAGGUUACAAUCAAGAGAUUGGUACCAGCCAGUGAAAAGAAUGCUGGACAAUACGAAACUGUUGUUACAAGCCAAAAACUUGAUGAUGAUAAUACAAUCAAAUUCACAACACCAGUCCGCAUGGAUAAGAUCCAAAUCAUUUUGGAAGAACCACAAAAUGAUGAUGAUACUGAAUACAAACUUCAUGUUGCUAUACAUGCUUGCUUCAAGGUUAAAAUAACAACAACAACUCAACCACCAACAACAACAACUACAAACAGCUGCACCAACUACAACUACUGA